CGUGGCAGUAACUCUAGGUGGCACCUCCAGCCCGAUCGAUCAGUACGCGGCUGAAGCUAGCUAGGUACCGUCUGAUCGCCCGGCCCGGGAAACCCAGUGAAACGACAUGGCGGGCGGGCAAGAAUCGUCAGCCGUGGCGGCCGACUUGGACCCCGUGUACGAGUGGGUCGACGGCGACGGCAGCUAUCUCCUCCGCCUCAACCUCCCAGGGUUCAAGAAGGAGGACUUCCGGGUGCACGUGGACCCCGCGGGCCGGCUCAACAUCCUCGGCCACAAAACGGCGGAUGGCGGAGCUGGGAACGUGCGGCUGCACAAGGUGUUUCAGCUGCCAUCUACAUCCGACCUCGACGCAAUCACCGGCCGGUACGACGCCAACUUGCUCACGCUCACCGUGCCCAAGCUGCCUUCCGCCCCGGCCAAGGACGUCGGCGACAAACCAACGGAUGAGAAAUCCAAGGUUAUCCGGGAGGCGGAGCGGCUGAUCGAGGCGGCGAGGGCAAGGUUGCAGCUGGGGAGGCACAGAGAGGAGACGGCCAAGGAACCCCCGGCCACGAAAGUGGACGACAGGAAACAGGAGCCCAAGGCAACAGAAAAGGUGGUGAAAGGAGAUGAUGGUCAGGACCACAAGGAGAAGCUUGAGUAUGAGACGGCGACAGAGACGGAGACGCAGAGGGAGAAGAAAGGCUGCUGGAAGGAGCGGGCGGCGGAGGAGGGGUUCAAGUGGGCAGAUACCAUAGGUAAGAACAAGGAGGUGAUCGCCGCCACCGCCGUCGCCGCCUUCACGCUAGGCGUCUUCGUCUCCCAUAGGCUCUUCUCCAGAAACUGAAAAUCAUCAUCAUCACUGAAUGUAAAUGCAGCGUCCGUUGUGCUGAUGUGUGCGUGCACCUAACAAUACGAGCGGAUGUACGACCUAGCUGCCGAGAUAUAUACGUGAGGAAUAAAUUCUAAUGAUACUAUCACGCGUACGUACAUCACUAAAUUAUAGUACAUGAAACUUACUAUCACAUACUCGUAGACCUGCAUUUUCAUGAUCUAUUUUUUUUUAUAAGGUGCAAGGCUAGGAGGCUUGGGAAAAUACACAAUAGUAAACAAAGCCCAACAAUUUCCAUGUCUUUUCUAAGCUGCACAAGUUCCAUUUGAUAAUGCAGUAAAAGAGUCUGUUUUGCCAACAAACCAUUUGAUAUCUUGGGUGUACAUUUUACAUUGCCAACAAACUGCACAAAUAGUGCCACCCACUACGAAAAUAAACAUCAUUUAUUUAGUUUACCGUACAACUGCGCCUUUUAUUUUUACUACAAAAA